CCCCUGUCUUUCGAACAAAAAAUUUGACUCUUUUGGAUGCUCUACACUUUAAUCCUUUGCUUCGCUGGUACUUUGCUGCUGCUACCUGUGGAGGUUCCCCCGGUCCUCUGGUUCCUCUUCCUCUCCUUCUUCCUCUUCUUCUUCUUCUUCACCCAGCCAACGCAGCCCCACACAGAGGCACCAUGCUGGGCUUGGACGUGUGUGAGUUUGGGGGUCAGGUGCUGGAGCUGCUGUGGCUAACCAUGUGCUACAGAGGACUGAUGGCUGACAAAGAGGAGAUUCCUAUUGAGGACGAAGAGGAAGAGACGGAACUCAACUACACUCCGCCGGCCCAGAAGUCUUUGCAGGAGAUCCAAGAACUGGACAAGGAUGACGAGAGUCUGGUCAAAUACAAGCAGACCCUGCUGGGGGCAGCGCCUGUGGCGGCAGACCCGUCCCUCGUUAAUGUCCAGGUGACCAGACUGACCGUGAUGUGUGACGAGGCUCCUGGACCAAUCACCAUGGACCUGACAGGAGAUCUGGAGGCUCUGAAGAAGCAGAGUUUCACCAUAAAGGAAGGAGCGAGCUACAGAGUCAAGAUCCACUUCAAGGUGAACAGGGACAUUGUUGCUGGUCUGAAGUACUUUCACAUGACCUUCAGGAAAGGAUUGAGAGUGGAUAAGGCAGUGCACAUGGUGGGCAGUUACGGGCCACGGGCAGAGGAGUACGAGUUCCUCACCCCUGUUGAUACGGCGCCCAAAGGCCUGAUGGUACGCGGCAGCUACCAGAUCAAGUCGCGCUUCACUGAUGAUGACAAGAAUGAACACCUGUCCUGGAGCUGGACCCUCAACAUCACCAAGGACUGGAACGAAUAAAGAGAGAGAGAGAGAAGAGGUUGACACUGCUCUUUUUUCCUCUUUCAUUCACCCUCGUUUCCCUCUUCCUCUCCUCCUCCAUCCUCCUCCACCCCUCAUUUACCUUGUCCCACCUCCUCUUGUAAGGGGAACCUUGCUAUUAAGAGGGAGUGGGACAAAUAGAAGGAGACAAAUGAGACUCAGGCUUUCGCUGUCUUUCUCCUUCUCCACUCUCGUCCUCCUUUUCCAUCUUUUCCUUCUUGUCUCUGUCAAUUCUUUAUCCAAGAGUCCCGCAAAGAGAAACUCGCUUGUAAGAGCAACUGGGACUUCUAGAGAAGAGAACGCUUCUUCUCUCUCUCUUUGCCUUUUGCCUUUUAUCCUUGCAUCAUAUUCCUCUAUUCAUAUCUUCCUAUCUUAUUUUCCAGCUGCCCUAGGAUGUCAAGAAGCUUUGCAAUGAGCAGAAAACUUUGCCCCUCAUGUCCCCACUUCCCAGUUCUCUUCCCCCUUUCCCUUCAACUCCC